UGUUCGCGCAUGCGUAAGACUAUGGGCAUGCUGGUCUGAUGGGGGUAUGCUGACCUGACUGAACACCGGCUCAUGGUGGCUGUGGCUGUCUUUUGUACAGUGCGCUCCUGGUUUUAUUCACCGAUAUUAAGAUGGAAAUACCAGAUUUCGACACCUUGAACGUAACGGCGCAGCCCGCGCCUCCUGCGCACCCGCUGUGCGCGGAGUGGAGAGACGCUGCGGAGGGAUCCCUGUUCCACCUCGCCAAUAUCUUGCUUUUUCUGGGCUUCAUGGGCGGCAGCGGCUUUUACGGGCAGCUCUACAUGUUCGCGUUUCUUACCCUGGGCUUUUUUUGUGCCACUCUGUGGGCUUGGUCCGACUUCUGCUCCAAUGACUUCUUCCUGUGGAAUUUUGCGCUCUUCUGCGUGUGUUUGGGUCAAGCCCUGGGUGUCGUGUACAGGCUGAGAAAGCUCUCCUUUGGCAAAGACUUCGAGGAACUUUACAACUUCAUGUUUAAGAGGCUGGGAGUGUCACUGACACAUUUUGGGAUGAUAGUUGAGUCCAGUGAGGGAGACGCGAGCAUCCUUGAGAAGGACCAUUGCUUUGCGGUCGAGGGCAAAACCCCCAUUGACAAGCUGUCUGUACUCCUCUCUGGCAGAAUUCGUGUGACAGUCAAUGAAGAGUUUCUCCAUUACAUCUACCCGUACCAGUUUCUGGAUUCACCUGAAUGGGACUCUCUCAGACCUACAGAGGAGGGUGUUUUCCAGGUGACCCUGCGUGCGGAUGUCCCCUGUCGAUACAUAGCAUGGAGGAGGAAGAAGCUCUACCUGCUUUUUGCAAAGCACCGUUACAUAGCAAAGAUCUUUGCCUUGGUUGUACGCAACGACAUCGCUGAAAAGUUGUAUUCGCUGAAUGACAAGGGCUAUGAUAUAUCGGGACAUCGCUAUGAUCUCCGGUUACCAAGUUUCUGCCAUGUGCCAGGGACAGAAUUAGAAAAGGCAAAUGACCUCCUGCAAGUGCCUGUGCAGAGUGGAAAGGACUGAACACACAUGCGCCCACAUGCACACACCCCUGGACUAAAAUGUAUGCUAACUGACUCUUAAUACCCUAUUUAAAAAAGCCCUUUUACAACAAAUAAAAUUGAACAUUCUUGGCAUUUGUAUUUGAUCUUUUGUUUUAUUUUAUGAGUCGAAUAAACAAUGACAAGUAUGGCCGAGGACCUGUGCUUGAAAUCAACAGAACACUGCUCUCAGCCUAUAAAGGCAACGCCAGACUGUGGAGUCUAUUUAAGGGAACCAGCCCCGAGCCAUCCAGAGUACUCGCUUGGUGUAGCUUUAUCAAGCUGUUUGAGCAGUGAGCACAAGUCAAGUGGAGGAGCAAGUCAGUUUAUUAUUUUCUAGUUCCAAAAAGACAGACAUGUUUCAAUUAGUUAAUUAGUAAUAUUCUGUGAGAUUUACAGUCUUACGUUAAAGAAACUUUGCAAUGUCAUGUCAAAAUAUAAUGGAAGAAAUGGUGCCUACAGCCUUAAUUUUUUUAGCAUGGUUACAAAUUCACAAAGUAAUUAUAAUGGCUUACACAUCAUACAUUUAUCUUAUAAACUAUGUAAGUAUAAGCAGGUAUGUCCAAUAAGUCCAUUUGCUCUAGUUUCUUUUCCCUGGAGAAUCAACUCAGUUCAAUAGUACUAGUUAGUCUUUGUGGUUUGGCAACUCUUGAGUUAAUGAGGGUAUGUGCUGGUAAAUACUUUCUUAUGUAUUGCAAGGAAACUGAAACUAAACAGGAGAUCUGUCAUAUUGGAAAAAAACCUGUCUAUAUCUUUGCAUUAGUAUCAACAUUUUUUUUUUUAUUGCUGCUAAUGUUGUUGCUAUCAUUGUUUUUUUUUCUGCUCAUUUUGUGUCUUUGCAGUUACCCAGGAUUAUCUUUCCCUGGUUUCUCCAAAGUGAAAGCAUAUUUUUUUACACAGCUGGUU